GAUUUCAAUUGAAGACGAUGACGAGGAAAGGACUGAGACUGCUCUUUGAUGGCCGCCGACGCCAUUCCGGCGAUGCAGAAGCCGGCGAUGCUUCUUCUUCGACUUCAUCAUCGCCGGAGGUGGUGUCGAGAUUGGAGGCGGAGGUGGCGAGCGCGGAAGCGAUGGUGAUCAAAUGGGAUCCGAACUCCUCUGGUUACGCCAAGAUCACGUCUUUGUUCUACGAGGACCGCGUCGAGGCCCGCCGCUUCGUGGCCCAGGUCUCCUCCCUGCAGCGCCGUAUGCUCGACGUCGCCGCCGCCGGGCAGCCUUCCGGCCUCUCUCACCCCUCCCUCGCCCGUUCGCAGACCCUGAUGCAGGCCGCCAUGCGCCGCCUCGAGAAGGAAUUUUACCAAAUCCUCGCCGCCAACCGCGACCUCCUCGACCCAGAGUCCGUCUCCGUCCGCUCCGCCCGCUCCAGCGUCUCCGACAUCGAUCCUUGGGACGAUGAAGAGACUGCCGCGACUGCCGUAGGAGAUUCCACCACUGUCGAAGACCUCCGGGUCAUCGCUGGCGCCAUGAUCUUCGCCGGCUACGGCAAGGAGUGCGUCAGGAUCUACCGCACCUUCCGCAAGUCCAUCGUCGACGACGGACUCGCUCGUCUCGGAUUCGAGCUGCGAUUGCAAAGCUACAAGAUGGAUUGGUCCGUGCUCGAGCUCAAAAUCCGAUCUUGGCUCGCCGCCGCGCGGGUCGCCGUCCGCACUCUGUUCCACGGCGAACGCGUCCUCGUUGACCAAGUCUUCGCCGACUCCGAUGUCGUCCGGGAGGCCGUCUUCUCCACUAUCACCGGAGACGCCGUCCAGUUCUUUGCCUUCCCGGAGUUAGUGGCCCGUUCGAUUAAGCGCUCCCACGAUAAGCUCUUCCGGAUGUUGGACAUGCACGACGUGUUGGCGGAGCUUUGGCCGGAGGUUGGGCUCGUCUUCUCCUUCGAGUCCACCGCUUCCGUGCGGACGCAGGUGGUGGCCUCCCUCGCCAAGCUCACGGAGGCCGCGCGGAUCGGACUGGCGGACUUCGAGUCGGCGAUCGUUAAGGAGCCCUCACAGUCGCCGGUCCCAGGUGGCAGCGUCCACCCGAUGAACCGGUACGCAAUGAACUACCUCGCACUGCUCGCCGACUACCAUCCCUCAGCCGAGGAGAUCUUCGACUCGUGGCAACCGUCGCCGCCGCCGCAUUCUGUUUCCGCCACUUCACCGCCGCUAGUUCUGGUCGCGCGGCUGAUCGAGACGCUGCUUUUGAAGCUUGAUGGAAAAGCCGAUGCGUACCACGACGCCGCCCUUUCGCACCUUUUCAUGGCGAACAACCUCCAGUAUGUCGUGAACAAGGUCGGCUCUUGCGCUCUGCGGGGGCUCCUGGGGCCGGACUGGUCGGCACGGCAUGCGGCUAAGGCGAGGCAUCAUCUGGCCCGAUACGAGCGCGUAGCGUGGGGUCCCCUCGCAGCGAUGGUGCCAGCGACGGAGGUCUCCUCGGCGGCGGAGGCCAGGGAGCGGAUGCGGGGUUUCGGGGCGGCGCUGGAGGAGGCCUUGGCGGCUCAGGCUGAGUGGGCGGUGGUGGACGCUGCAAUGAGGGAGGAGACCAGGGAGAGGGUAAGGGAGAUGGUGGUCCCGGCUUACCGAGGGUUCCACGCCCGGCGGCUGAGUACGGCGGCCGGCGUGGCGGGCUUCCCAACGCCGGACGAAGUGUGGGAUCGUCUUGGCGGACUCUUCUCUCAGUUGUCCGGUUCGGAUGGCUCAGGAUCCGGUUCGAAUACCCUCAAUGUAUCGAACCAAACCGUGUAGUUUUGUUGUAAUAGAUCAAUUUAUUUCUUUACUUUUUUUUUUUUUUUGUCAUUGAACACAUGUGAAAAAUGUCUUUCACAACAUUCUACUUUUAAACUUCUCUAAUAUCGUGAAUGUUAUUGGAGAGAGGUCUUCACUGUAUAAGAUAUUGUGACUUCGUUGCCCCCAACAUGAUACAUGGGUAAGGCGCAACGAGUA